AGUGGUUUCCAGGAUGAAGCAAGGUGUGAAGCUGAUCUUGUUGGCAGUCCUGUUCUGCGCAUAUUCUACCAAAGCCGAAGACGCCUUCGGGGAUACCGCCGACCCUGGAACGGACGAGGAUCCCAUUUCUUUUCCCGAUGGGAUCUACCAAAACAGCACCAACCAACAAGACAGCAAAAGGGCUGGUCGGAUUGCCGGAGGAACCGCUGUCGACAUCGCAGACUAUCCGUACGUAGUUACGCUAAGGGUGUUUCCGGUAGGCGAUGAUGACUAUUAUCAAAUCGGAACUAUAAUAAGCCAAAAACAUGUCAUCACUUCGGCAGUCAAUUUGGAAGCAUCGGUAGCAGCCAGAGGAAUCGCAUCGAUUGUAGUGCGUGCGGGUAGCAACGCCCAAAACUACGAUGUUAUAACCUUUGAGUAUCUAAGCUACAAACCCCACGACCAGUAUAAUUCUGUUACUAAAGAGAACUCAGUUGCCAUCGUAACCAUCAAGGGCAGCUUCAGCGGGCCGCCCGACUCGACCGAGGGCCCAUCGAAUGAUAAGCAGCAAAACCGAAUCUAA